AUGUCAGAGAACAGGGAAGGACAGGAAGGAACCUCGGCGCGUGGCGCUGACUGGGAGGUUGUCUCUCUCACGGCUUCUGCAUAUGCUGCCGCCCCAGGUCCCGACCUGGAGGGAGCCGACCCAGCUAAUAGCAACGAGGCUUUCAAGAGGAACGAGGAGCAACCUUCUCAGGCGAUGAUCAUGUCUGGGCAUUUCGUGUUCCCACCCAGUGAGCACGAGAAUUUGCCUCUGGAACCUGAUAAUGUGGAAAUUCUCACAGAAUCCUUUGUGCAAGGUGCAGAUUCCGUUUUGAUUGAGGAAGAAGCUGGGAAAAGCCAGAAAGAAAUCCUUACUCUUGAGAGUCUGAUGAUAUCUAAAGCUGAUGAUCCUCAUGGUGUUCAAGUCCUCGGCGAGGGUAAGAGCGUUGCUGUCGGUGGCGUUGACUUUGAAGAGGGUGCUGUGAGUUUGCAGGGUGUGGAUUUGGUUGAGGAGAGGCGCAGCAUCUACGGGGUGUCUGGUUUUGGUUCUUUCCACUCUGAAACCCAUGCAGGUGGAUCCGUUCCCAAAGAUGAGGGCUCUGGGAUGGCAGAUUCUGAUGAUUCCUCUGACCAGGGUUCCAAGUCGCCUCCAAAGUCAAUCAAAAAGUCAGACCAUAAAGGGUUUGGGCACCCCUGUGAAGCCUGGUGGAAGCGGCAGGUUGCUUCACUCUGUGCUCAUGCAAAGGAGGCGAGCACAUUCUGGUCCCUCUGUGUAGCUGCUGCUGUCAUGGGGCUGGUAAUCUUGGGGCAGCAAUGGCAGCAGGAAAGGUGGCAGGUUCGCCAUCUCAAGUCUCAAUUGGGCACCAGCGAUGAGGUAUGAUGGAUUCUUCCUCCCUCUGUUGUUCUUCUUUUCUUCACUGUAAUCUGUGGCUUCCUACUGUAGAUUAUUGCCGAAGUAGUUUAUUUAUUUAUUUUCGUGGUGGGUAGAGCUUUUUUUUUUUCUUUUUUUGGGUAUAAAUGGGAGGCCUUUGACCACUGAUAAUAAGCUGCUUAAUGUGGUAAGAUUUCAAUGAGAUGUCUGUUCUAGAUUUAUGCAUCCAUUCAUCUGUCGCCCUCCUGUUCCAUGGACUCACGGCGCUAGAAGAUUUGUGUCUGCAGAGGAUGAGCUGGCUGCUGGGCCGCGCCAGCCAUCUCAAGGAUUCCAUCAUUGGCGGCCACAGAUGCGCACCAGUCAUCCACGGUGCUUCAUCGGCCGAUCGCUGA